AAGGGCAGGCCGGUGGGGGAGUGAGCUGGUCUGCAGCUGCACACCACACUCAAAGCUCUUUCUUUUAGCUUUGAUUUGUGUGUCUGGGGUGUUUGCAAGAAGUUGUCUUUUCAUGCAAAGGAUUAUUUUACUACUCCAAAGCUUUUAAGCGUUGUCACAGUUCGACUUUUCUGCGCUGAACCGUCAGCUUCCCACAGACCUGAGUACAAUGAUGAACAACAGAGAUCGCUGGAAGGUGUACAAAAGGGCGGCUGUCAUGUUCUGCCUGGCACUGGUAGCGCUCACUGUUGUCCAGAGAGGAAGCAUCAACAUGGGGGCUCCGUUCGAACUCGAGAGGUGGGCUCGCAUGGAUGCUUCAGAGGGAGUGGAGUCUGGAGCUUCACCUUCCUCUAAGAAGAUAAACAGUUUUUGGAAGGCAAGCAAACACCAGACAAGACCAUCAACCACCCAGGGACCAAGUGCCACUAAAGACAGCACCACUACCACUUGGGAUGUAACCAGAUCCAACUGUAGCGCCAACCUCAAUCUCUCAGGCCAAGAUUGGUUUAGGGGACUGGAGGAAAAUUUCAAGCAGUUUAUGCUUUAUCGACACUGUCGUUACUUCCCGAUGCUCCUCAACCACCCUGAGAAGUGCUCAGGGGACAUAUAUUUACUCGUGGUGAUCAAGUCGGUGGCCACACAGCAUGACCGUAGAGAGGUCAUUCGGAAAACCUGGGGGAAAGAGCGAGUGUUGAACGGGAAGAAGAUAAAGACACUUUUCCUUCUUGGUAAACCAUCCAACCAUGCUGAAAGGGCGAACCAUCAGAAGCUUGUGGAGUAUGAGAACCACAUCUACGGGGAUAUCCUCCAGUGGGACUUUUUGGAUAGCUUCUUUAAUCUCACGCUUAAGGAGACGCAUUUUCUCAAAUGGUUUCACACAUACUGCCCAAACGUUCGCUACAUCUUCAAGGGGGACGACGACGUCUUUGUCAACGUGGACAAUAUUUUCGAGUUCUUAGAUAGCACGAGCCAAACAAGGAAUCUGUUUGUAGGGGAUGUGAUUUUCAAGGCCAAGCCAAUCCGUAAAAAGGAAAAUAAGUACUAUAUUCCACAAGCUCUGUAUAACAAGACCCAUUAUCCUCCGUAUGCAGGUGGAGGGGGAUUUCUGAUGGAUCGCACUGUGGCGAGGAGGCUUCACUGGGUAGCGGACACCCUGGAGUUGUACCCUAUUGAUGAUGUCUUCUUGGGUAUGUGCCUUGAGGUCCUUCAGGUUGCGCCAAUAAAACACUAUGCCUUUAAGACGUUUGGCCUCGUGAAAAACAAAAGCAGUAAGUUGAACCGAGAACCUUGUUUCUUUAGGAGCAUGAUCGUUGUCCACAAACUGCUCCCAACGGAACUCAGACGCAUGUGGAAUCUGGUCAACAGUGACCUGGUCUGCUCGCAAAAAGUCGAAAUCCUAUAGCUUGACGAGGAUGAGGAAAGGACUGCGCUGACAAGCUGAAUCUUGAAAUAGUCAAAGGCAAUUAGUGCGUGAUCUCCUUUCUGUGGAGAGACACUGGGGCAGUAUUUGUUAGUUCUGUGUGUUUCCUGAGGAGGUUCUUCAAAAUUCAAAUAAAUUAGAGGUUGAAAUUAUGGCAUUUGUUAGGUAUUUCAAAGACCUACCACUAAUGCUGUGGCAAUGGGAACACAAAAGAGUUCUGGAAAUGUUGACCUGCACGGUGCUCAGGGCUUCAGUGGGACUCUUUUUUUUUUCAGCAUAAUUUGCAGCAUACUUUUUCUUCAUUGGUCUUUGAAUGAAAGAUGAUGAACCCAUAAAUGUGAAGACAAGUUAUUAUUGGUAAUUUUCAUGAUGAAUGCUGCUGCCUGCUCAAACAGAAUCCUUUUUUAUUUUUCUUCCUGUGGAUGCUGGACGACUGGUUAGCACAUCCACCUCACAGUUCUGAGGCCCCAGGUCCAAAUCCGGACUCGGCUGUGCGAAGUUUGCAUGUUCUCCCCGUGCCUGCAUGGGUAUUAUCUGGGUACUCCACUUUCCUUCCGCAUUCUAAAAAUAUGCCCGUUAGGUUAAUUGGCGUCUCCAUAUUGUCCGAAGCUAUCAAUGUGAGUGUAAAUGGUUGUUUGUUUAUAUGUGACCUGUGAUUGGCUGGCUACCAGUUCCGGUUGUACCCACCCUCCUGCCCACAGCCAGCUGGGAUAGGCUCCAGCAUACCUAUGCCCCUCAUGGGGAUAUGCAAUGUAGAAAAUGGAUGGAUGGAUGGAUGGAUGGAUGGAUGGAUGGAUGGAUGGAUGGAUGGAUGGAUGGAUGGAUGGAUGGUCAUUGUUAACCUCUCGAGUCUGGUGUGCUGUAAGUCCUCACUGCACAGCCGCUGUCCACUUAAGUGUACGAAAUAUUCCACUUUACUUUUCCUUUGGCCACUUUAUGUUUGGCACAGUGGCUUUACCAAUUAAAGUAAGAGAAUUAACUUCUACCUCACUAAUCCAGACUCUACUCCAUCUGCAGUUUUAAGCGACUGAUUUCAACAUUUGUCUCACAUGAUGUGUACAUUUGUCUCACAUGAUGUGUUCAGCACACUUUUUUUUUCACUUAGAUGUCCUAACCAUUACAAACCAUGUUUUUUUUUUCUUUUUAUCCAUGUUUGGGACUGUGGCGCGAUAUUCAAACACGAGCUGGGGAUCAACCCCAUGCCAUCUGCAAGGAAGACGUCACUAUAUACCACUAAGUCACCACUGCUUUUGUCUGGGCAUACAACAUUCUUGUCCAUUACUGUAUUUUAUACAUGUCCUUGGACUUUACAAGAAUGCGACUGAAAUGAACAUCUACUAUGUCACAGUACUGGAAAUGUAAAAAAAAAAAUGGGUGAGCAAUGUAAUUCUAUGUGCUGAUAUACUUGACAUGACAUUGAUAGAAGGUUUACAAUAUUCCACUGUACUAAAACUAUUACUGGUACGAGUAUAAAAUAUAUUAAUUUAAAAGUCCUGUCCUUGACAGAGGAGUGUAAAUUGUGGGGUUGAUAUUUAAUUUGAGGCAUGGAAUGUUCCGUGAUUAUUGCUGUGCUGGAAGUGUAUGUUAAUUAUACAAUAUUCCCCAUGUGAAUACCAAAGUAUAAAUAAAUAUCACGUUUUGGUCCCAGCAAAACUCUUUUUUUUUUUUUUUUUUGCAAAUUUGUCCAAGGUCAACAGUUUUUUGUUGUUGCCCUCAUUAUCAUCCAUUAUCUUUGUGGAAAAUCUACAAUGUCAUUCAACACUGGUGUCCAAUGUUGACAGCAGUCACAGAAGUCAGUACCGUGAAUGGUAAGGAUUACUUAUCAUCUCACGAGGCAUAAUGUCAUGUAAUAAUGUGCAAUAAUGUCAAUCAUAAUAUUUUGUACUUCAGAUCACGGACAUACUGUAUGGCUAAACAGUACUGAAGCUGUUAAGUUCUAAGUUAAUGAUUAUUUGCUAACAACAAAAAGGUUUAUCUGUUCAAACAUUAUAUAUCUUGUCUUUG